CGUGUGUGUGUAUCGCCAUAUCUGUGUGCUUCUGUGUGUGUUUUGCUUAAGUGAGUUCGGCAGAAAUCGGUCCCAUGCGGCGCAAACCCCAAAAGCAAAUAUAAAAAAAUAUAUAUAUAAAUAUCUUUAAAAAAAAGGAGCCAACGUAGCUAAAAGUAAUAUCAUCUGCUGCAUACUGCAUACAAUCAUUUUGUUGUGAUCUGUGAAUAUCGCAUUCAACACAAUACAAUACACAAAUACACACAUACACUUGCAUAUAAAUAUGGGGUGCAUAAGCCAUUAAGUUUAAGGCACAAUCUGAAUAGAAAAAGGCUUGAAGCGCAUUUAAUUAAGCUAUCUCACGCGAAAGAUGCCGACUACUUUGAGUGACAACGCGACACAGACACAUUUCGCUUGAACAAUUUCCAACGAGGUGACAAAGCAAACAAUACAAAGUAAACAUCAUGAAUUGCCUGUGUCGACCCUCGCGGAUAAUGUCCGUGCGCAUUAAUUUGCUGGAUGAAACCGACUUCAUACACGAGAUCAAGGAUGAUUUGCCGGGCCAAGCUCUGCUGGAUGUCGUUUUUGCUAGGCUCAAUUUAAUCGAGACUUCAUACUUUGGCAUACGCUAUAUAGACGAUGAGAAUCAAACGCACUGGCUGGAUCCAGCGUCACGCAUUUCCCGUCAACUGAAACCUAAAUCGGAUCCCUAUGAUUUGUACUUCGGUGUCAAAUUCUAUGCCGCCGAUCCGUGCAAACUGCUCGAGGAAAUAACGAGAUAUCAACUUUUCCUGCAAGUCAAACAGGAUGUGCUGCAGGGACGACUGCCCGUUGCCUUUGAACUGGCCGCCGAACUCGGCGCUUUUGUGGUGCAAUCUGAAUUGGGUGACUAUGAUCCGCGGCGUCAUUCGAAGGGAUAUGUCUCGGAGUUCCGCCUGCUGCCCAAUCAGAGCAGCGAGUUGGAAAGCCGCGUCUCCGAGUUGCAUCAACAGUUGAAAGGAAUGUCGCCCUCCAGCGCCGAGCUGAACUAUUUGGACAAAGUCAAAUGGCAUGACAUGUAUGGCGUUGACUUGCAUCCAGUGCUGGGCGAGGACAGUGUGGAAUACUUUCUGGGCCUGACGCCUAGCGGGAUUGUCGUGCUGCGCAACAAGACGACGGUGGCUCAUUACUAUUGGCCGCGCAUUGCCAAAGUUUAUUAUAAAGGACGCUAUUUUAUGCUCAGGAUAAGCGAUAAAAAUAAUGAGCUGAGCACUUAUGGCUUCGAAACUCCACGCAAAUCGGCGUGCAAACAUUUGUGGAGAUGCUGCGUGGAGCAUCAUGCGUUCUUCAGACAGGUGCGCGUCGCUCCUCUACCCAAUUCGCAGUCACAUGCCGCAGAUUUGUUUCAGCUGGGCUCCCGCUUCAGACACAGUCGCUCGGACAAGCAAAUGGAGAAGGAUGCACUUGCCGCCGGACGUUCCCCGCCAGCCUUUACGCGCGUUCCCUCCAAGCGCCAGCCCCGACGCGUGAUUGAUGACUUUUUUAACAGCAACAGCGGAGUUGGCGUUGGCGUUGGCGGUGGUGGUGGUGGCAGCAGUAGCGGUGGCAACAGCCUCCCGAUUGGCAACCGACCACUGCCACUCCCCCAACUACCGCUGCAGAGUUUGGGCAGCAGCAACGCCAACAACGCUAACGUCAUUGCCAACAACUACGACAGUCCGUACCGCUCCACGUACAGCAUACCCACCAGCCUGGGCAUACGUCCCAGCAGCCAUCAUCAUCAGCAGCAGCAGCAGCAGCAGCAGCAACAGCAACAACAAUCGUCGUCCAAUAACAACUCCAGCAGCUACAAUAACAACGGCAGCAAUUUGCAGACACCUGACUCGCCGCGCAGCACGCGCAGCGCUCCUUGGCCAAGAUCACAGCAGCGUUCCCUCUUUGGUCACAAUCCCUCGAGUCCACGUUCGGUGCGUUCGGUUAGCACAACGGGCGGCGGGUUGCAUCAUCAUCAUAGUCAUCAUAGUCAUGGCCAUGGCACCAGUCAUCAUACUCAUCAUCAUCAGCAUCAGCAGUCCUCGUCGUCGUCGUCUCAUCAUCAGCAGCGACAGCAGCGCGCCAGCUCCUCAUCCGCCUCGCAUCAGCAGCAGCGCUAUCGCUCCAGCUCCGUGGAGAGUCAUUCCUCGAACGAUUCGCGCUCCACACGACGACACAAGCAUCGCCAUCGUCGCACCUCUGAUAAUGAGAGCGAACUCUCUCGCGGCUCUGGUCGCUCGGGACGUUCACAUCAUCGCAAGCAUCGACGCUCGCAUCGGCAUCGACGUGACAACUCGGCUGGUGGCUCGGAUCACGAUAGUACUCGGGGACGCAGUUACUCGGGUCAUCGCAGCUCCUCGAUGCGCAGCGGCAGCGCUGAGCUGAUUGAUUCGACCACACAGUGGAGGGAGGUGCAACGUCGCCAAGCGGAGGCAAGUCUUGGCCAGAGCUCCGUGCAGCAGGCUUCCGUUUCCAAGAGCAGCAUGGUGGCACGCAGUCUGCACAGCAACGAUAGCCACUCGGACACCCAUUCGCACCACAAAUCAAGGAGGCAUCGCAAGAAUAAGUCUCCGUCGGAGUCGCGUAGUCGCAUGUGGAACAGCGAGCUGGCCAAGCAUUUGCAAUUCGAUCUGGUGGACACGGAGGGCAUGUCGGAGCAACAGUUGAGGGAGAUACCAUACACCGUAGUGGAGACGACCUCGAAGCGUGCCAACUCCAAUCUCAAGAUACACAAGAGCAACAGCAAGAAUAGCGUGGGUGCCAAGAGCACCGGCUCUGGGAAUACCAUCACCAAUGGCAGCGGAACAACUAGUGCCGGACAGGCCAAAAAUCGGGUUGAUCGGAUUCGAGGACUCUACUACCAAAGCUCUCAUCCGCAUGAUAGCAAUGUCGGCGGCGUGGGCGGUGGCGGUGGCAAUGGCGGUGGUGCACCCAAAAACGGAUCCAUUCGAUCGGCCAGCACAAUCUCAUCACGGGAAUGCGAGCGCAACAAUGGACACGGACUGGUGCGCAUGAUGUCUAGCAUGAGCAUGGGCGAUUUUAUCUCACCCACUGGCUCCAAUCUAAGUCCAUUGGAGAACUCAGCAUUGCGCGUUUCCCACGAGCACACCGACUCCGGCCUAGGUGCAGAUCAGGACUAUGCCUACUCCUCGGAAAGAUCCAGCGAUAGCACUCGCUAUGGCACCAAUAAAUCCUCUGGCGCCUCAAGUGGCAGUCAUCGCAAGUCCAUUGGCAGCGCCGGUGGUGGUGGCAACAAUGGCGGUGGUGGUGGCUACAACAGCCUCAUGCAACAGACUGUGAGUAAUCAGCAGCAGCAGCAACGUUCUCUAUUCGCACAACAGCAACGCCAUCAACACCAACACCAACAACAACAACAACAGCAACAACAGAAGCCCAAUUAUAAAUACGCUUCCUCCUCCUCAUCCACUAACCCGAAUACAAAUCUGGCGCCGGUGCAUAAUCCAAUCGGUUCGACUACUAACUCAACGCCGCCGCCGCCGCCGCCAGCAACAGCAACAACUGUUGGCGGCGGCAGCAGCGGCAGCAACAACAGCAACAUCGGCGCCGGCAAUCGUUUGCUCAGCUACACAACAUUUGAGAACAAUCAGUACAAGUUCAGUUUAAACAAUGCAAUGGGCAAAGGAUCUGUUGGCGCCGUUGGCAGCAGCACCAGCAAUCUAACGGGUAACGGUAUGGUAUCGGCUAGUGGUGGUGGUGGUGGUCUUGGUGGUCUUGGUGGUGUCGCUUUCAGUCGACAGCGCAGCUUUGUCGAAUGGCCCAACAAUCCGGCAGCGCCGUACUACUAUCAGGGCCCCUCGUCAUCGUCCGCAUCGCAAGUGAAGCGUCGCGAUGCCAAAUCGGAUAUUGGUGUGCCCACUCGACGUCUAUCGGGACAGAGUUUGACCAAGACGCAGCUGCUCACAGGUGGCGGCGGCGGCGGCGGUGGCAGUUCUCAGCUGGCCAAUGCCAGCUGCUAUCCCAUACACUAUGCCAGCAGCAGUGUUACCAAUCGUGCGUUGGGCCAACGUUCCGCGGGGAAUACGCAUGCGGGCAGCUUUGGUCUGCAGCCAGCGAAAUCGGAUCUUUUCUUGUCCUACAUACAUGGCGGCGAAUACGAGCGUCCCUACGUCUACAACUAUAAGAUGCCGCCGGGUUGCAGUAACAGUGCCAGUGGUUCGCCCAAACAGUUGGCCAGCGCAUAUCACAUCUCCGGUGCACAGACUGCCGAUCCUCCGCCACCCCCGCCGCCUCUUUAUGGUGGCUCGGCGCCCGCCAACGAUGUCAUGUACUAUCAGUUUGACAAAGGCGCCGCCAAACAGCAGCAGCAACAGCAGCCGCCGCCGCCUCCCAUUGUGCAUCAGCCCAAAUCUGUGGCAGGCGGUGCGGCAGCGGCAGCGGCAUCGGCAUCGGCAUCGGCACCGGGGGCAACAACUGGCGGGCCAUUAGUGUAUCUGCAGCAUGGACAGAAUGUCGCGCCAACAAAUGUCACCUCAACGCAGCAAACUGCAAUGCACUCAUCGCACUCCUGCAGCGAGGAGGAUGAAGUGAUGGCAGUUUUGGAGUCUCUGCAACCGGAUGCUGCAACCACAACUAAUGAUGAAACCGAAGAUACCGAUGAUGUUUAUGACGAUGAAGCCGCCGAGGCUGAGGAUAUGUUUGAUGCUGAUGUGCCUUUGAUGUCGCCCACAGGCAGCCACAACAGCAGCAACAAUAGCAAUACCAAUAUCAACAACAACAAUAAUGCCAAUCGUAAUGCAAUAACAACAACAUCAACAACAGCAACAUCAACAGCCACAUCAGCAACAGUCGCAUCCAUUUCCGUUUUGGCCAAUAUUAAUCUAGAUAAUUGCAAUGCGAAUGUCUACAGUGGUCAGCACUGUGCCAACGACACCAAUUCACAGCAGCAGCAGCAGCAGCAGCAACAACAGCAAGCAUUGCCAAUUACCACAGCCAAUCAAACGUUAAAUUGUCCCACAUUGAAUGCAAAUAGCAAUAGCAGUAGCAAUACCAACUCCAAUACGAAUGUGAAUGAAAACCACCCAACAUCCCCCACAACCAUCCAACAGCAAAUACAGCAACAGCAAGCCACAGCAGCUGCAACGCAUUCACAACGUACCAAUUCCAAUACGCACUCGAAUUUGCAACAAAAUCAAAACAUUUCCUCCAGCUUAGAGAUAAUCCUAUCGCCAAUUAUACAAAGUAGUCGCCGAGCGCAAUUGUAAGCGAAAUGAGCACAGAAUUGUGAGAAUUAGCUAAAUUUAAUUUGCAAUAGCCAACAACCCAGGUC